AGUGAGAGAGUGAAUGAAUGAAAUGAAUCAAUCCAAUUCCAAAAAAUGACUGCCUUUUACAUGUGUUGUGUGUUGAUUUGAUAAAAUUCUGUAAUUUAAGUUUAAUUAGUGUUAAUCGAUGGAUAACUACACACCACAAGAAAAAAUUGGUGAAGGGACAUACGGUGUUGUUUAUAAAGCAACAGAAGUUUCAACUGGCAAAGAAAUAGCGUUGAAGAAAAUCAAACUUGAGAAUGAGCCGGAGGGCGUGCCGUCGACGGCGCUGCGCGAGAUCUCGGUGCUGCGCGAGCUGCGCCACCCGGCCGUCGUGCAGCUGCUGGACGUGGUGCUGUCCGGCGACAAGCUCUACCUGGUCUUCGAGUUCCUGCACAUGGACCUCAAGCGCCUCAUGGACCUGCACCGGGGCCCGCUGCCGCUCGACCUCGUGAAGAGCUACCUGCGGCAGCUGCUGGAGGGCAUCGCGUACUGCCACGCGCAGCGCGUGCUGCACCGCGACCUGAAGCCGCAGAACCUGCUGGUGGACGCGGCGGGGCGCGUGAAGCUGGCCGACUUCGGGCUGGCGCGCGCCUUCGGCAUCCCCGUGCGCGCCUACACGCACGAGGUCGUCACGCUGUGGUACCGCGCGCCCGAGAUCCUGCUCGGCGCCAAGUUCUACUCCACCGCCGUGGACGUGUGGAGCCUCGCUUGCAUCUACGCGGAGAUGGCGAGCGGACGCACGCUGUUCCCGGGCGACAGCGAGAUCGACCAGCUGUUCCGCGUGUUCCGCGCGCUCGGCACGCCGGGCGGCGCGCUGUGGGCCGGCGCGCGCCGCCUGCCCGACUACCGCGCCGCCUUCCCUCGCUGGCCCGCGCGGCCGGCGCGCCUGCUGCUGCCGCCGGCGCUGCGCGCGGACGCGGCGGCGGCGGCGCUGUUCGACGCCAUGCUGCGCUACGAGCCGGCGCAGCGCGUGUCGGCGCGCGCCGCGCUGCCGCACCCCUACCUGCGCGACGCGCGCCUCGUGCCGCCGCGCCUGGAGCCCGCCGCCGAGCCCGCCGCCGCCGCCGCCACGCCCGACUGA